GCUUCAUUUCACUACUAACGUUUCCUCUCAGUUGUGUGUUGCAAACAAAAGAAGAAGCAAAACAAACAAAAACAAAAACUCGAAAGAAGAUGAGUUACUUGAACCGCGUUUGGAUGGCGGCGACGGUGGCGGUGGCGCAGGGCCACACCGACCCCGGCCACAAGUGCAAGACGGCGCUCACCUCCAUCCACCACAACCGGAGCCGCCUCUUCUCCGGCGGGCCCCUGUCGGACCUCCGCCCCUUGUCCGGCGUGGUCGGAUCGGACGUCGCCGGAGCGGUGGCGGGGAGCUCCGACGUCGAUAACAGGGUGAGGCAAGCCGAUGACUCUCUCAGGAAAGUCAUGUACUUGAGUUGCUGGGGCCAGGGCUGAGCCACGCGUGGCGAUUAGGACGGUGGUGGAGAUUUAUGAGUCGCCGGAAAAGUUACCCCGGGUCGGGUUUUCGGAUCCGAGUUGGCUUUGACCGAGUCAGAUUGUGUGACUCGGUUGUAGAGAAAUACUCGAAUGUUCCGAUCUUGUAAAUAAAGUGGUUUUGUAUAUAUGUAUGUGUAGAGAAGAUAAUGGGUUUUUCCCACUCCGAUGGUGGAUGAUGAUGAUGAUGACGAAAAUAUGAAAUUAAUAAGAAUUCCUAAAAUUAUGCAAA